GCAGCUGAGGGCAGCCUGCAGGUCCCUCUCCCAUGGUGUCAGGCCCCCUCUCGUGGCCAGCGGACACCUGUGGGUGGCACUGGGUGCCUCUGGGUCUCCUCCAACCUUCUCUGCCCUUCUUUGGCAGGAACGCCCCAGUCUGGGGAGCCUGUACCCAUGGGGAGAUGUCACACCCACCCUAGCGCUGCUGUACCAUUGCCACAUGUUUGGGCAGGAUCUCCCCCUACUCAGGCAUGUCCCCCCCAACACUGUUCUAGGAGCUGGGAUUUGGGGUCUUCAGGCUCAGGACAACCCACCUGGCUCCCUCUCUUCUCACUUUACAUAGGGAAAAUAAUCCUGAUGAAUUGCCUGAAGCCAGAUUUACCGUCCCCCCCCCCAGCCCUUCUCCCUCUGCCACUUUUUCUCCUCUGUGACAAUAAAUCAGUGCUCCACAUAAACAAAGCCCUGGAGAUGUAGUCCUUAAAACAGCGCCCAGGAAUCACACAAACACAAUUUUUCCACUCGAAGGGUGGGAGGAGGUUGGGUUAUUUUUCACUCUGCCACUCCUUGCCAGAGGGAGGGAUCUUUGUUGCAGUCCCCAUCCCCAAAACACCCGGACCCGAUGGGAUCCCACUGGCUCACCGCAAGCCUGCACUGGCUUCCUGCAGCUUUAAAGUUCCCUCUACACCCAAAGGAAAAGAGGGAGGAGAAAGGGUUUCAUCAUCGUUCCCGAGUGUGGACUUAUAAAAACUUUGCGCUCACGCUGCCUGGCUCACUCAUCAGCUCACCGUUUUCAGAGCAGGACGGGCCAGAGCCCUCACACAACCCAUCUGCUGGGGUGCACCAUGGGGGUCCAUCCCGAAGCCGCCAAGUCCCCAGUGGAUGCCCCCAAAAGCUCCAGCACCUGCUCCCGUGGAAUCUUCUGCAACAUCAAGGUGUUUGUGCUGUGCCAUGGCCUCCUCCAGCUGUCCCAGCUCCUCUACAGCGCCAACUUCAAGAGCAGCCUCACCACCAUCGAGAAGCGCUUCGGGCUCUCCAGUCUCUCCUCGGGUUUCAUCUCCAGCUUACACGAGAUUGGCAAUGUGGUCCUCAUCAUCUUUGUCAGCUACUUUGGCAGCCGAGUGCACCGCCCGCGGGUGAUCGGAGCCGGGGGGCUGCUGCUGGCACUGGGAGCCUUCCUGGUGACCCUGCCCCAUUUCCUCUCAGACCCCUAUGAAUAUACCACACUGAGUGUUGGUAACAAAAGCCAGGUCCGGGAUGAGCUCUGCUAUGCAGAGAACAAGUUUAUGUGUCCAAAUGCCACCCAGGACCCCCAGAAGGAGGCCAGCAGUAUAUGGACAAUUAUGGUCAUUGCCCAGCUGUUGGCUGGAAUUGGGACAGUUCCCAUCCAGCCCUUUGGGAUUUCCUACGUGGAUGACUUUGCAGAAGCAAACAAUUCUCCAUUGUAUGUUGCCAUCCUCUUUGCCAUCGCGGUGUUUGGCCCUGCGUUUGGGUUCCUGCUGGGCUCUGUGGUGCUGCGGCUCUUCGUGGACAUUGGUAGAGUUGACAUGGCAACAGUGACCCUGACCCCGCAGGACCAGCGGUGGGUCGGAGCGUGGUGGCUGGGGCUGCUGAUCUCCUCCGGCUGCUUGGUGCUCACAUCCAUUCCUUAUUUCUUCUUCCCUCGGUACAUGAUGAAAGGAAAGGACCCAAGCUCAGAGGACGGCAUGCUGAGGAAGAUGGAGAAGAGGGAAUUUGAAGAAACCUCCCUGCUGGAAUUUAUCAAAAGAUUCCCAAAGAUCUUCCUCAAGCUGCUCCUCAACCCCCUGUUUAUGCUUCUGGUGCUUGCUCAGUGCAGCUUCUCCUCUGUCAUUGCGGGUCUUUCCACCUUCCUCAACAAGUUCCUGGAGAAGCAGUACGGCGCAACUUCCUCUUAUGCCAACUUUCUCAUCGGAGCCGUCAACCUGCCAGCAGCAGCGCUUGGGAUGCUCUUAGGAGGAAUCAUCAUGAAACGCUUUGCCUUCUCCCUCCGGGCCAUCCCCCGGUUCUCCGUGGUGGUACUGGUUUUCUCCAUCCUCAUCUGCUUGCCCAUUUUCUUCAUGGGCUGCUCCACAGGGCUCGUCGAUGGGAUCUACCCCUCCAGAGCGUUGGGUUCCCAGCAAGGAGUUAAGGCACCAAGUGGUUGCCGCUGCUCUGACCACGUCUUUCACCCGGUGUGUGGAGAAAACAACGUGGAGUACAUCUCACCCUGCUUCGCCGGCUGCACCAACAGAAGCACUGAUUCCUCAGCUCCCAGACAGGUGAUCUACAGGAACUGUUCCCAGAUCUCUGCUGGUACUGGGCUGUCCUCUGCUAAGAUGGGAUCCUGUCCGCUCAGCUGCUCCCACAUGCUCCUCCCCACCAUCUUCCUCAUCUCCUUUGCUGCCCUGGUGGCCUGCCUGUGUCACAACCCCCUCUACAUGAUGGUGUUAAGGGUGGUGAACCAGGAUGAGAAGUCAUUUGCCAUUGGCGUCCAGUUCUUGCUGAUGAGGUUGCUGGCCUGGCUGCCAGCUCCAGCCAUGUUUGGUGCCCUCAUCGACUCCUCCUGCAUUUACUGGCAGAAACAGUGCUCACAGCGUCGCUUCUGCGUCUACUACAACAAUGACUUCCUUCGCAACAGAUACCUGGGGCUGCAGGUGGGAUACAAAGUGGUGGGCACCAUCCUCCUUGCGCUCAUUGGCUGGAAGGUGAAGAGGAGCAAGGAGUACAAUGUGCAGGAGAAGGCGGCCGGCCUGGUGUAACUGCACAGAGAAUGACUGCACUUCAUUUGCCCACCACCAGCACUUUGACUUCUGGGGAAUUUGGUUGAUUUCUUGUUCUUUUGUAAUGGAGCAACUUCAAUAUAGCAGCUCCUCCAUCCUCUCGUGACAACCUGGACUGGGGAGAGGACAUCUCUGUGCUCCCAACAAAGGACAAUCCCCACUGGUCCCAUCUUUGGAUGCAGACUUGGACACAGCAGGGACCAGCUCCUCCAGAUGGGUCAUCCAAGACUCACCCGUUGCUUUGCAGGAAGCAGGAGGCAGAUGGGGGCUGUGUUCCAGUUGGACACAUACACAGAUGCAAGCAACAGUCCUGCUCACCAGUGCAUUCCAGGCAGGAUAAGAGCAGGACUUGCUGCCAAGUUCUGGGGGCUUCCCUGUUUGCCCCAGCCCAUCCCUUUGCACAGGUCAGCAUGGACAUGAAAAGUCGUCUCUUGUGGUUUAGUACAGAACAUUUUGGAAUGGGUUUUACUGUUGUGUUUUUUUAAUAAAGGUCAAUUUUCCA